UGCAACAGCAAACACUGUGUGCAAAAAGAUCACCUCAGAUUCGGAGGAGCAGAGGAACAUAAAAGCUAAAGGGAACAAGCUGGAGCACAGUGGAAGAAGGGGACACUUGUGGAGGACACUGAGAGGAUAAUAAGGAAGCAAGGGAAGGAAAUAAAGGAGUAAGAGUGAAGGAUAUUGGUCUUUUGUUGGAUUUGAGCGCACUCUUGGAUUUUUCACGUUCCUCCUCCUGGGCUGACUGCAAAGGAGGAGGCAGAGCAGCAGGGAUGAAGUACAACUACCAUGUACCAGUGUCAACGUACACACGUAGCUCCCAGUACACAUCAACAUAUCACACACCCUCCCUGUACACCCCUACACAUUAUACACCAACGCACUACACACCCUCAUACUCCUCUGUGACAAAAUACACCCCCACACAGUACAGCUCGACCCACUACACACCGUCUCUGUACACGUCCACUUACAAGCCUGCAUCCACAUACGUACCUUCAUAUAGCAAGGGAUCACGGUACAGCUCAACUCGCACACAAGCACAGGAAAGACCUGCACCUGUGAUACCUGUCGCACCUGCAAAGAGGACAGUGCAUUUUCCAAAUGACAUCAUCUUCCAGGAUAUCGUCAGACGAGGGGAUAUGGAGCAAAUCGGCCGCUUCAUGAGGGCGAGGAAGGUUCGUGUGGAUACCAUCUUCCAUUCAGGUAUGGCAGCGGUGCAUGAGGCCGUGCUGACAGGAAACCUGGAGGUGGUGAAGCUGCUGGUGAAGUACGGCGCAGAUGUUCACCAGAGAGAUGAAGACGGGUGGACGCCGCUUCACAUGGCCUGCAGCGACGGCUACCCUGAAAUUGCAAGGUACCUGCUUAAGAUGGGAGCCAGCACGGAGGCCGAGAAUGAAAAUGGAGAGAAGCCUGCGGACCUUAUUGACCCGGACUGCACAGAGCUGCUCAAACUGUUUGAAACUGGCUGUGCAUGAUCGGGCACUAAACACAACAGCACCACUGAAGAGUGAAAUAUAAACAAACACUUGAAAAUUAAGUCAAACCACAUACUAAACAGUAUAGGACACCAAAAGACUCUGCUGAUGCCAUAAAGCAAGACGGCAGGUCUUUGUGAUCUUUCAGUGUCAAAAAUGGAGCCCAUAUUGAUAUAAAUAUUUUGUAUUAAUAGACUUAUAAUAUGUAUAUCUCCUCCUUAUUUAUUCAAUUUUGUGCUCUUGAGUAUUUGUUGUACUGCCAGUGCCUAUGCUGCAAAUGCAUUUCUGUGAAUUUCUCCCUGUUUUCACUCACAACUCAUGUCCAACAAUUCUGAUUGAUUUGAAACAUCACAAGCGUCUCUGUGUUUGUGUUGCCGUCACUUUUUAAGUAAUUGGUUGCACUUUACAGGCUGUAUGUAUGAUACUUUUCCUUGGUUCUACAGAAUUAUAGCCGAGAUGGUUGUGCCUUGUGGACUCUGUCAUGUGUCCUCACUGCUGGGCAGAGAGAGGAUCAGCCGUAAGUGAUAAUGAUUAAUCUUUCGUUGAUGCUCAGAAUUCAUAAAUUCCAAACUUUCAGCUGUGCAAGCACCUCUACUGUCGCUGUAUUCUCUGUACUGUAUUGCUGUUGUUUUCUUUAGUAGAAUGUCAGCAAUGAAAGUCUUAUAAUUUUUCUUCACUUAUUAUUUUUGUACAUUUUCAUAAAUAAAGACAUCUUUUAUAGAUAUGACUGAGGCUAUGCUGUGUUGUCUGUUUAAGAUCAAUUAGAACAAACAGAUUUAUCCACAACUAAAAAUUUUUUAGAUUUGUCCCAUUCUUGUCUGAUGUAGGCUUUUUGCUGCUCUACAGUCCUGGGUCUUCUUUGGCAGAUUUUUUGUUUUAUGAUGCACCAAAUGUUUUCUAUUGGUGAAAGGUCUGGACUGCAGGCGGGCCAGUUCGGCACCUGGACCCUUUUACUGUGAAGCCAUGCUGUUGUGAUGGAUAAAGUAUGCGGUUUAGCAUUGUCUUGCUGAAAUAUGCUGGGCCUUCCUUGAAAGGGAUGUCUUGUUGGGAGCAUGUGUCACUCUUAAAUAUUAUAAUAUAUAAUUUAAAAUGUAUAAUGAUAUGAUAUAAUAUAAUAUAAAUGUUCAAGCAUCGUGUGCGUAGUGCUUUUCAAGAUAAGAAAGCUGUCAAUGUCUCGGUUUCUUAAAAGAAUGUCACAUUUGAAUUCAUCUGGCCACAGAACAGUUUUUCAUCUUGGCUCAGUCCACUUUAAAUGAGCUUUGUCCACAAGAAGACAACUGCGCUUCCUGAUCAUGUUCAAAUAUUGCUUCAUCUUUGCAUGGCACAGCUUUAACUUUCUUUGAGGAUGGCACAGUGAACCGUGUCAACAGACAGUAAUUUCUGGAAGUGUUUCUGAGCCCAUGCAGUGGUUUCCAGUACAGAAUCAUGGCUGUUUUCUUGAUGCAUUUCCACCAGAGAUGAUCCAAGCAUCGGAUAUUGAUCUUUAGCUUUGACCCUAGUGCACAGAGAAUUCUUCUGAUUCCCUGAUGGUGGGUUACAAGUCUUUGCAAUUUUACAUUGAGGGAAAUUUUUCUGAAAUUCUUCCACAAUAUUUAGAUGCAGUUUGAUGCAGAUUAAGUAACCUCUGCCCAUCUUUACUUGUAAAAUACCCAGUCAUGCUACUGACCUGUUGCCAAUUAUUUGAUAAGUUGCAUAAUGGUCAGCUGUUUUUCACUAAUAAUACUUUAUUUUCUUGUCUUUGUUGCCAUGUUUCUACUUUUUGGAGAGUGUUGCUGCAAUCAAAAAUUAAAAUCAAAAUCAGCCCAACAGGACCUUGCUGCAGACAAGAUGGCUGACAUACAUCCAAUCCAUAUCAGAAGUCUCAACUGGAAGUCCG